CGACGCACUCGGUAGUGCUGAUCGGCAGACAUCUCCAUCUUUCCAUUCCUUUGGGGGUUGCCUCCUACAAGCGCCAACGGGGAACCGUGCCGUGGAUGUAGCAAGCGACAGUUGGUCGGACCUUAGCAUGGAUCAUCGCAUCCGUGGUCUCACAGUGACGCGCCCCGGACCCCAGUCGCAGUACGGAGGAAUGGAAUCAUUCCUUCGCCAUGAUUUCAUUCUAUCUAAUACCUUUAGGCAUGUAAACAUGGUAUAUGUUCACUCCGACUUCCCAUCACUCCGACUACAUUUUCAGGGACGGCUUAUCGACACCACCUAGGGUCUUACCGCGACCAACUCGACCAGUUCUACAUACGCACAGUUGUACGUCUCCCGAUUUCGACUUUCUCCCAGCAGUACUUCAACAUCCGUAUCCCCCCGUGGAAAUGAUCGAACUCUGCACGAGCAGCCCCAUUCCCGCAGGCGAUUUGAUACAGAUAGCUCUCGGGGCGUGCAUGCUCCUAAUCAUGAUAAUCGGGCUAGCACUCAAGCAUGCACGGACUUCGGAGGGGGCCUAUACUGCGCGGCCCAGGGCGAACGCAAGUUCUCCGAUGCAUAGCAUCGGUCGACACCGCCAAGCUCUACGGAUCGAUACGGAAACCGCGGCGGAUUCGGAAUUCGAGGAAACCGGGGGCAACACGAUAGCUCCAGCCACAGUGGCACUGGUUUCAGAGAUCGGACGGGCGACGGCGAGUCCGUAUCUCUGGCGGUGGCAGCCGGUGCCUUCCGUCUUUGGAAGGGGUCGACAAAGUCUCUACGAGUGGAUCAACAUGCAGAUUGUCACGGGAUAUCAAUCGUGGAGGAAGUAAACGGGCACUUACGUGGCGUCGGUGGUGGUUUCUUUGGGCAUAUAUAUACCUGAAAUUAUUUUUGGCUCGUUGGUUUGGUUGUACAUAG